AUGGCCACCGCGAUUUUCACAUCACCGCUUGAUGUAUUAAGAACCCGAUUGCAAGGCGAAUUCUACCGAUCUGCUACCGCCCUUCACACUUCUGCUACUGGGCCGAUCCAGCUUGUCGGUCUCCACUUCCGAGAGACCUUCCGCAUCCUUGCCUCCAUUCCCCAGCUCGAGGGAUGGCGCGGCUUGUUUCGCGGUCUAGGUCCGAGCCUGGUGGGCGUAGUCCCUGCUACUGCGAUCAAGUUUUACACGUACGGUAACUGUAAGCGCAUGGUAUCCGAGGCUUUACAAUGCGACCAAGACGCCAUUAUUGUCCCUGCUAUUUCUGCCGCUGCGGCGGGCAUUGUCACUGCCACGGCGACAAAUCCGAUAUGGCUGGUGAAGACACGGCUACAACUUGAUCGGUCUAGCGUAGAGAAAACCGGCUCCCGCUCGGAAUUGCAGUAUAAGAACAGCAUAGACUGUGUACGACAAGUGCUGCGACAGGAAGGUAUCAAGGGCUUGUUCCGUGGUGUUACGGCAAGCUAUCUCGGCGCCGCAGAGACGACUCUGCAUUUGGUUUUAUAUGAACAACUGAAGUCGCUACUGUCAAAGCGAGAUCAUGGUACAAAACGAGAGGACACCGGCGCAGGGAUUAGUGCUGCGGCUGGCUUUUCGAAACUUAUUGCUGGUCUAGUUGCGUAUCCCCAUGAGGUAAACUCGUCCUUUUAUCACGACUACACAAAGGGCUCUGGGAGCAGGGCCGGCAAGAUGGAUGACCUAUACGAUGAGUUCGGUAACUUUAUUGGCGAAGAGGCCGAGUCGGAGGAGGGCUCCGAACGCGGCGACGAGGCCGCCAAGUAUGUCUACGAUGAAGACAACGAAAGCGUCGUCGCCGGGCAAGAAGUGAUGCAACUUGAUGAAGAGGGCCCAUCCAACGCUGUAAUAUUACACGAAGACAAACAAUACUACCCGACCGCCGAGCAGACAUACGGCGCCGAAGUCGAAGCCCUUGUCGAGGAGGUCGAUGCGCAACCGCUGUCCGAACCCAUCAUCGCGCCGGUCGAACAAAAGAAGUUCAACAUCGAGGAGGCCGACCUUCCCCCCGUAUUCUUCGAUAGGAAUUUCAUGACAAGCCUUAUGAACUUCCCCGAACAGACUCGAAACGUCGCGUUAGCCGGUCACUUGCACCACGGAAAGACGGCGUUUAUGGAUAUGCUCGUGCUCGAGACCCACAACAUCACCGAUCGCCUAGAACGGAGAACAGGCAGGAAGAGGGACGAGCAGCUUCGGUACACUGACAUCAGCAUCUUGGAGAGGGAAAGGGGUCUUUCUGCCAAAGCGGCACCCAUGAGCCUGGUAUUGCCGAACACGAAGGGCAAGUCGCAUCUCGUGAACAUUAUCGAUACGCCGGGCCAUGUCAACUUUGUCGACGAGGUUGCUGCCGCUCUUCGCCUAGUUGACGGUGUAUGCUUGGUCGUCGAUGUUUUGGAGGGUGUUCAGGUCAAUACAGAGCGGAUCAUCAAGCAUGCGGUACUUGAGGACAUUCCUCUGACCUUGAUACUAAACAAGAUGGACCGACUUAUCCUCGAGUUACGGCUUCCACCCAAGGAGGCGUAUUUCAAGAUACGGCACGUGGUAGAGGAGGUGAACGCUGUUAUAGAAAAAGCGAUACCAGGAAAGGGGGCGGCGAAGAGGUUGAGCCCAGAAAAGGGCAACGUCCUCUUCGCCUCCGCCGAGCUCGGCUGGUCCUUCACUCUACCCUCAUUCGCGAAGAUGUACACGGAUGCGUACGGCGGUAUCGACGUGGACGAGUUCGCCAAGAGGUUAUGGGGAGAUAUUUAUUUCAACCCUAAGAAGAGGGCGUUCACAAGGAAAGCUGCGGAGCCCGGUGCGAACCGGUCGUUCCUUCACUUCGUGCUCGAGCCCAUCUACAAACUCUUUACUCACAGCAUUACCGACUCUCCGGAAGACCUCCGAGCGGUUCUGGAAUCGCUGGGUAUCUUCCUGAAGCCGAGCCAGUACAAAUCCGACGCGAAGGUGCUGCUCAAGCUAGCCUGCGAGCAGUUCUUUGGAGCGUCACACGGGUUUGUCGACAUGAUUCUCAAACACGUGCCCUCUCCUGUCGAGUCUGCAGAAAAUUACCUUCAAAAAUACUACACCGGUCCUCUCGAUUCCAAGGUUGCUGCUUCCAUGAUUGCGUGCGACCCAGACGGCCCCCUUGUCGUCCACAUCAGCAAACUCUUCAAUACCUCAGACGCGAAAUCAUUCUAUUCAUUUGGGCGAGUUCUUAGCGGAACGGCGCGGCCCGGAGCCCAAGUCCGUGUCCUCGGAGAAGGCUAUUCUAUAGACGAUGAGGAAGACAUGCUUAUGGCGAGAUUGGAUGAUGUAUUCAUCGCGGAGACGAGAUACAAUAUUCCAACAGAUGGUGUGCCUGCCGGACAAUGGGUCUUACUCAGCGGCGUGGAUAACUCGAUUGUGAAGACGGCAACGAUAGUUCCCCCUAAGCUCGAAGACGACGAGGAUGCCUAUAUCUUUAAGCCCAUAACGCACUUCACCGAAUCAGUCCUGAAAGUGGCCGUGGAGCCUGUAAACCCCUCCGAGCUACCCAAGAUGUUAGACGGGUUACGGAAGAUCAAGAAGAGCUACCCCUUGAUGGACGCCAAGGUCGAGGACUCAGGAGAGCACGUCAUUAUCGGCACCGGAGAGUUGUACAUGGACUGUGUAUUACAUGACCUGAGGAAACUCUACUCGGACAUGGAAGUCAAGGUGUCCGAUCCCAUGACUGGCUUCUGCGAGACAGUCGUUGAGCAGUCCAUGACGAAGUGCUUCGCCAUCUCGCCGAACAAGAAGGUCCGCCUCACCAUGAUCGCGGAACCCCUUGACGAGGGCAUCUCGCCCGAUAUCGAGAGCGGCGCGGUGAAGAUCAAGGAUCCUAUACGGAAAACCGCGGAGUUCUUCGAGACAAACUAUGGCUGGGACAAGCUUGCGGCGCGUAAUGUUUGGGCUUUUGGUCCUGGUGAUCUUGGAACGAGUAUCCUGCAGGAUGAUACCCUGCCAGGAGAGGUGGACAAGAAGCUUUUAAGGACUGUCAGGGACUCCAUCAAGCAAGGAUUUAACUGGGCGGCAAGAGAAGGCCCGUUAAUAGAAGAGCCGAUCCGGAAUACAAAAUUCAGGCUCACGGAUGUGGUCCUACCGUCAGAAGCCAUCUACCGUGGCCACAGCCAAAUCAUCCCCACAGUCCGACGCGCAUGCUACUCCUCUUUCCUCCUAUCCUCCCCCCGGUUGAUGGAGCCCGUCUACCAAGUAUCAGUAACAUGCCUCGACAGCUACACGACAGAAGUCUACACAUGCCUCGCCCGACGCCGCGGGCACGUCCUCACCGAGUCCCAGAUCGCUGGGACCCCCCUCAGCCGUGUCACCGGCCUCGUUCCCGUCAUCGACAGCUUCGGCUUCGAGACGGAUCUCCGCAUCAAGACGCAGGGCGCCGCCUCGGUCAGCCUGCUGUUCGAGCACUGGAGCGUCGUGCCGGGGGAUCCGCUGGAUAAGUCGGUGGUGGUGAGGCCGUUGCAAGCGGCGAGCGUGCAGGCUACGGCUAGGGACUUUGUGCUUAAGACGAGGAGGAGGAAGGGGCUUAGCGAUGAUGUUUCUGUUGCGACGUAUAUGGAGGGGGAACAGUAUGGGCAGCUGAAGGAGAGUGGGUUGCUGGAUCAGGUAUGA